AUUUCGUUAAAUUAAUUAAAUUUAAAAAAAUUUUUUGUUAUUUGGAAUUUAAUUCCACUGAUUUCUACAUUCGAUAAAAAAUUUCUCGCGCCAAGAAAUCCUUUUUUUUCGGCGUAGAAAUUGAUAGAUUUCCUGGUGGUUUUCCAUUCGGAGUGCACACGUGGUCUCAAAAUAGAGAAGAUCAAAAAGUUAAAUAGACAAGGGAGAAUCUAAUUGGGGUAAAUUGACUCACAAAAAGCCAUAGACUGUUGCCGAUAGAACGAAUGGUACAGUUGCUAAUUUUUAUUAUUUGUAACUCGACCCUAUACAUUAAUAAAAAAAUUACUAUUGAAAAAUAUGUUUUUUUAAUUUAUUAACUAAACUUAAUAAAAUAAUUUAUAAUUUUUUCUAUAGCUUGGCUUCAAUUGUGUAAAGUAUACAAUUAUAAAUAUAAAAAGAUAAAUUAAUUAGAGUAGUGAUCUCAAAGAAUUGAUAGUGUAUUAUUUUUGUUUUACGAUUUUUUAAUUCUUUUUAUGUAGUAAUAAGAUGAGAUAACGUAUACUCAAAAUGACAAUUUAAUGAUUUUGUUUGUCAACUUUUUAGUACACUUGGCACCGUCAUUGCGUAAGUUUUCAAAAAAAGGAGAACACUACCAUGAAUUUUAUAAUUCUGACAUUAAUUUUUUCAACUAUUCGAGGCGACGAUCACAGUUCGAUAUCUUUCCUUGCCAGAAAAUUGGUUACGAAUAGGUCAGAAAAUGUCAAGGUUGAUAAAUUUCCAGAUGAUUUUAUAUUUGGAGUCGGCACGUCAGCGUAUCAAAGCGAGGGUGCUUGGAAUGUUUCAAAUAAGGGAGAGUCUAUUUGGGAUAAAAUGACUCACGAACAACCAUCCACUGUUGCGGAUGGAACGAAUGCUGACGUGGCUGCAAAUUCUUAUUAUUUGUACAAAACUGAUGUCGAUUUGGUCAAACAACUUGGAGCAAAUUCCUACAGAAUUUCUUUGUCCUGGCCGCGAAUUCUGCCAACGGGUUUUGACAAUUACGUCAACGAAGAUGGUAUUAGAUAUUACAAUGAUCUGAUUGACGAGAUGUUGAAGAAAAAUAUUACACCUUUCGUUACGAUAUUCCACUGGGAUUUGCCACUUGAUUUAGAAGAUUUGGGCGGAUGGACAAAUCCGUCAAUUGUCGACUGGUUUGUCGAUUACGCGCGAGUUGUAUUCAAUGCAUUCGGAGCGAAGGUCAAAUAUUGGACGACAUUCAACGAGCCGAUGUUUUAUUGUAUGUAUGGUUACCAAGGAAUCCUCGCACCGAGAAAAAAUUGGUCUGGAAUUGCCGAUUAUCUUUGUGGACAUAAUGCGCUACUGGCCCAUGCCAAAACAUACCGAUUAUACAGCGACCAUUUCCGGAAAACUCAAAAAGGUAAAAUAUCACUUAAUUUGGCGCUUUUUUGGACUGUCCCAGAAAAUCCAAAUGAUCAAGAAGAAGUUGAUGCAGCUGAUUAUAUGUUUGAAUUUCGGAACGAAUGGUUUCUGCAUCCAAUUUAUUCCAAAGACGGAGAUUAUUCAAAAAUUAUGAAAGAUAGAAUUGCGAAUUAUAGUUCCAUUCAAGGUUUAUUUCGGUCAAGACUUCCCGCGUUUAAAAGACACGAAAUCGAGCUUAUCAAAAACUCGGCAGACUUUUUGAGUAUUAAUUAUUAUAGCGUUGUCACCGUGAGAAAAUUUAAAAAUUUUGAUAUAAAAGAAACGAUAUCUUACGACGCGGAUGUAGGAACUCGACAUACUCCGGGGGCGCCAAACAAUGCGAGCUUUGAAACCGAAAAUAAUGAAUGCGAUGUCAAAAACUGCCAGCCGUGGGGUCUCUCCAAAAUCAUAAAACGGCUAACGCAAAAAUACAGCAUCCCGAUGAUAAUGAUCGCCGAAAAUGGUUAUGCGGAUGAAGGUCAAUUAGAAGACAUGGAUCGAGCUAAAUAUUUUUAUUACCAUCUCAAAGAAAUUCUCAAGUUAAUAAAAGAGGGAAUAAAUAUUCAGGGAUACUAUGCUUGGACUCUAUUUGAUGUUUUUGAAUGGGACAAAGGUCACACCUUUAAACUCGGACUUUACUCAGUUAAUUACACUGACCCAGAACGUGCAAGAACUCCCAGAAAAUGGUCACCAAAAUUAUUGAAAGAUAUUUAUACAACUAAAACUAUUCCUUCGUCUUUCUUGUCUUUCGUCAAUGAAAAUAAAAAUAUUUAAUGAUCAUUGUAAUGACUGUCUCAUUUGAAUAUUAAUUCAAAAUUAUUAUUGAUAAAUGUGUACAUU